CCAGCGUGUGUGAGCAUACACGGAAACAAUAUGUUUGAUAAAACAGCUUGAAAUUAACAGAAAAAAACUAUUUGCAGGCAAUGUGUUGAAUAAGGGAGCGGUUUUCCACAUGGAGAGAAAUGGGAAGUCUGUUUGCCAAAAUAAUUUAGCACAUGACUUAAGAUCAUGUCUGUGGGUUUGUGUGUUCCUGCCAACCAUUUACAUAGAAAUACAAGAGCUGGACACGCUAGAUCUACAACCCUCUUGCUAACAGAGAACUUAAACACAUGUACGUUACUGCCAUAACAGGGGAACGCAAAUGCUGGUUUUGAUUCUUGGAUUCCGAGGAGUUUCCAAGCAAACUAUAGCACUAUGCCAAGGUAAAAUUAGGUAGAUCAACUGAAAAAAGUUUGUUAAUUUAAGGAAGUUAUAGGAUUUUAAAAUAUAGACACAAUGAAUGCCAGCCACAUCUGCAACAAGACUGUCGAAGACAACAAUACAUCAAUUCAACAAUAUCAGCAUCAAAUCUAUGCAAUCUUCUACACAGUGAUUCUUGUUCCUGGGCUGAUAGGUAAUGUUCUAGCGCUCUGGAUUUUUUAUGCAUAUGUAAAGGACACAAAGAAGGCUGUAAUAUUCAUGAUCAACCUGGCCAUUGCUGAUUUGCUUCAGGUUUUGUCACUUCCUCUGCGCAUUUACUACUAUCUAAACAAAUCAUGGCCCUUUGGUCAGAUUGCUUGCAUGAUCUGCUUCUAUUUGAAAUAUGUCAACAUGUAUGCCAGCAUCUACUUCCUGGCCUGUAUCAGUAUGAGACGUUGUCGACUUAUUAUCCAGCCACUACGCUGUGACGUCACGAAGAGAUUCCAGGACCGCAGCUGGUGUGUCGCCGGCUGGUUCGUAGUGUGUGUAGGAUGCUUGCCCUUUCCUCUGCUAAGAAAAAACCCUUCCACUCCACAACACUGUUUCUCCGAGCUUCCCAUGAUGCAACUAAGCAAGUUGGUAGGAGUGACCCUUGUUACAGUUGCAGAAAUCACUGGUUUUCUGUUCCCACUAGCUGUCGUGGUCACAUGCACAUGGCUAACUGCAAUGAGUUUACGUGAGAAAAUCUGCAUACCUUACGAUGCCGGGGAGAAGCGCAAGGCUCUCAAGAUGGUGCUGAGCUGUGCCAGUGUAUUUCUGAUCUGUUUUGUGCCAUAUCACAUAACUUUCCCUUUGGACUUCUUGGCCAAAUCAAAUUUGAACGUUACUUGUGCAUUCAGGAGUGCAGUUCUCCAUGCUCAUCCUAUCACAUUGUGUCUGGCCAGCUUGAACUGUUGCCUGGACCCAGUGAUGUACUAUUUCACCACCGACGAGUUCAAGCGUCGUCUGUCACGGUCAGAACUGCAAGACAAUAUUCUUCUCAAUCGCAGGCUAUCUUGCACAACAAGUAAGGCAUUAGAGUCCAAUCCAGAAAAGUAAAAAGAAAAUGGGGAUGGCAGGAAAAAGCAUUGGGAUAUUGUUUUUGGAUCAUGGACAAUAAACCUUAUCAUUUAUAACAGCACUGAACUCAUGUAGAGUGGUAUGAACAUGAAAUAAUCUGAGAAUGUGAAUUUAGUGCUGUCACGAUUGUAAUAUUUUGCCCACGAUUAAUUGUCUAAUAAAUAAUUGUAAUUAUGACGAUUCAUUGUCUGUUUUAGGGCUUUGACAUGUAAUCCUCACACAUUUUUGGUAUGGCUUUGAAAUGACCAUGUUGUUCUGAAUAUAAAACCAUGUUUUAUUUUCUCUUAAAAAAUGGGGUCAUAGUAUAUUUAAGGUCUAGACUUUGACAUGACAAUAAUACAGCUGCCAAAUAUGCGUAAAAUGAGUUUGAUCAGGAGUGAA